UUUUCAUUUUUCUUCUUCUCCGCCCUGCUCUGCAUUUCUUCAAGUUUUAUAUUGUAAUUUGCCCUCAUUUCCUAGCGCUCCAUUCCCGACUCUAUAAUGCAGAGCAACAGCUUCUACCCGACGCUCAACGUGCAGGACAUUCUCGAUGUCAUGAACCAAAUGGAGAUAUCUAUUAGCGAGGAAGACCUCGAGAAGCCGACGCCCCAGCGCGGCGUGUCGUUAGACGCGGUGGAUGAAACCAGUCUGGAUCUGUCCGAAAUAACCGACUACCCGGAGUCGCACUCUGAGGAUAUCUUGCUGAUAUCGUUUUAUCAGCGAAUGAUGGUGCUGCUGCGACAAGUGGGGGUCGAGGACUUUUCACUGCGCGACAUGCUGAAGCCCGAGCCAGUACGCGUGAAGCGGAUCCUGAGCAGCGUGUGCAACUUUGCCAUGUUCCGCGACGACCGCAUGCCGGUGCUGGAGAAAUACACGGCCAAGGCCGAUGAGGAGUAUGAGCGGUUGCAGAAGAUGCAGGCGGAACUGGCGCAGGUGCAGGCAGAGAUUGCAAAGAUCCGCGCGCAGCACGAGCGCGAUGUACCGCAAGUCAAUAAGCUGGAGGAAGAGACGAAGGCUAUGGAGAGGGAUAUUAAAAAGCAUGCGUCGACGCAAAAGGCAGCCACCGAGACUAACAAUAAGCUGCGGAGUGAGAAGAGUGAGCUGCAGGAUGCGGUCGGGGCCAUUUCACACACAAUUGCAGGCUUGCAAGAAGAGCUGAAGAAGCUGAAUGCGCGGGUUGUGCACAGCCCCGAGAAGAUCAAGGAGGCGAUUGCCCAGCUCACCCAGUCGAUUGCCAGUGGCCGCACGCAGCUGGCGCAAAAGGAGUCCGAGUCGCGUCAGCUAGCAGCAAAGAUCGAGAUGCUUGAUGAAAUCCUGACCGAUAUCCGCGGGUGCAUCCAGCAGAUGGCCGAUGCCGAGGACAUUGUGCGCAGGCACGAGGAGGAGCUGCGCAAGUUGGCGGCCGAAAAGGAGAGCGUUAGCCAGGAGACCAGCAAUUUGAAGAACCUGUCGGUGCGCGAGGAGCAGUUCAAGUACCAGGACGAGUCGGCAAAGGGGAAGAUUGAGCGGCUGAGUCAGACCCGCCAAGCAAAGCAGAACAAGGAGAUGACGGCCCGCUUCACCGAAAUAUCCUGCAAGAUGGCAGAGCAGCGCGCCAGAUACGACGAGACGCCUGCUGCGAUUCAGGAGAGCUAUGAAAAACUGCGCCAGCAGACUCUCGAGUAUCAGGACAGCGUCAUUCUGUCGCUGGAGGAGCUCUUAAGCCACUUUUACGACUAAGAAUAUAUACCUUUUUACGAG